UUUAAAGUUAAUAGCAGUAACAACAAAUUAAAGUUGUAGAUAUUAAUUGAUAGAGAGAGAGGAAGAGAGAUAGAUAGAUAGUGAUCAGAGUAGGCUUGGUACGUUCGUGAAUAAUAUUAAUUAAAAAAUAAUGGCCAGCAGAGUAAUUAGCAACAAGCAGGUGAUAUUGAGGAGGUAUGCAACCGCUGGUUCUUCCAUACAAGAGUCGGACAUGUUGGUGACAACUACCAACAUAACAUUGGAGGCUCCAGCAGAGGGCUCAAACACACUUGUUGUCAAGACCCUCUACCUCUCCUGCGAUCCCUUCUUGCACUUCAUUAUGAAGAAUACUCCGGGACUCACCGGAUAUACUUUCUUUACCCCUGGCUCUCCCAUUGUGGGGUAUGGUGUGGCUAAAGUAGUGGAGUCAGGGCAUCCUGAAUUCAAGAAAAAUGAUUUGGUUUGGGGUUUAAUCCCAUGGCAAGAGUACAGCCUCAUCUCCGACCCCCAACGCCUCAUCAAAAUCCACCACACUGAUGUACCCCUUUCCUACUAUACAGGGCUUCUUGGUAUGGCAGGGAAGACUGCUUUUGCAGGUUUCUACGAAGUAAGUAAUAAGCCAAAGAAAGGAGACUAUGUGUUCAUUUCAGCAGCAUCUGGGGCAGUGGGUCAGCUUGUUGGUCAGUUUGCUAAAUUGGAGGGCUGUUAUGUUGUUGGAAGUGCUGGGAGUCAAGAAAAGGUGGACUUGUUAAAGAAUAAGUUGGGUUUCGAUGAGGCAUUCAAUUACAAGGAAGAGAAGGACUUGGUAGCAGCUUUGAAAAGGUGUUUCCCAAAAGGGAUAGACUUCUACUUCGAGCAAGUGGGUGGGGCAUUGCUGGACGCAGUGCUGGUGAACAUGAGAGAUCACGGUCGCAUUGUGGGGUGUGGGAUGAUCUCUCAGUACAAUCUUCCACAGCCUCAAGGAAUUCUGAAUCUCAUGGAGGUCAUAUUGAGGAGGCUCCACUUAAUAGGAUUCACACAUCGUGAUUACGACCAUAUCUACCCCAAAUUCUUGGACUUCGUGCUGCCUCACGUCCGCAAUCACAACAUUACCUACGUCGAAGACAUUGCUCAUGGACUUGAUAACGCUCCUGCUGCCCUCGUUGGCCUUUUCUCCGGUCGCAAUUUUGGGAAACAGGUUGUUAAGGUUGCUGAUCUUCACGACGACCAUGAUGAGUGAUGAUAUAUAUACAUAUAUAUAUAUAUAUAAUGAAUGAUAGACUGGUGAUAUCAGAGACAUAUUCAUCCUUCUUCCUUCUUAAUUAGCAAUUAAGCAGCACCUACUGCUAUAUAUAUAUAUAUAUAUAUAUACAUCGAUUGUUAUACAUUAUGUGUACCUGUUUGUAUUCUAUGUAUAUACAUAUGUGUGUAUCUUUUAGUUUUUACUAUAAAUAAGAAAAAUAAAAUAAACGACAAUCACAGUCGUUCAAUAA